CUUCGGUCGCUCGGCGGCCGACAGUACAUUGCGAAACAGCGUACAGGACAGGUCGCGCACAGGUUGAUAAUUUGGGCAAAACUUAGCAAACCGUGAGCAAUCGAAGGAGCGUAGAUUUUCAAUAAUGCGUGUUGCAAUCAUCUUUGUUGCCAUUUUGGCGGUCGUUUGUGCGUUGCCGGCAGAGAAAAAUGCCAAAUGCAAACAAGUUUGUACCGCUGACUAUACGCCGGUUUGUGGCGCACCUAAGGACGGCAAGGGCAGUACCAUCACCUUUGGCAACAGUUGCGUAAUGGAGAAGGUCAACUGUGAAUCCAAUAAAGAUUACAUUCUAAAGAGUCAGGGAGAGUGUGGAGACAAGAGCCCUGUGCGUCUUUCUUGAUGCGAUAAUCCGGUCUGCUACCGAUAGAUCCAGUGACCUCCUCUUUUACCACAUUCAUAUUCGGAUGGCCUUCGCGUAAGGUCCAGCACACUGGCUGGUCCGUCUAUUUUUGAACCUUGACAAUAAAAAAAAGCUAUUAACAAACGCAA